AUGGGGCAGUGGGCACGCUGUUGGGAGCGCUUGGCGGCCAACCAACGAAGGCGACUGGUGGAAACAUGGCAGAGCUCUGGAGGUCGGCUUCCCACGAUCACAGUCUCAUUGGGGCUGCGACGUUUGACGCAAGUGAUGCUGCCCUUGCGGACUGGGCACAAAGACCUUGCUCCAUGGGCACACAGUGUCCAUGUUGACAGGCUGAAGGCUGCACUCUCAUCAGGGCACUUUGCACCCACCAAGCACUUUUCAGCUUGUGAGAAGCCUGCGUCGUGGCCUACCACAGAGCAACACGAUGUUCAUGAAGUGCAGAUGGACAAAUGGGAGGGAUGGCUAGCUCGGAGAGAUGCCAGGCUAGAGAGAGCAAGUAGGAGGGGAUUCAAGCUUGCAGUGCAGCAGAUGGAUGUGUUGUCUCGCUCAGGUGGGUUGGAAGUGGAGAUGCAGGCAGCAUUCAGAGACCAUGCGCAAAAGCUCAGCGAAUUUGCACAUCAAGUGGACACCUUUGGCUUGGCAUCCCUAUUCCUGUCGUGCAGGAGAGUGGGCUACGUCAAUUCCCCUGUCCUCCAAAAGGUGACCAAGGAAGCUGAGGCACGUGGUCUGAUCAAGCUUCUGACACCCAGGCGGCUUUCAGGCAUCAUGCACUCCCUUGGCGUGCUAACCAGAGCGCACAACAGGAAUGCUACAUGGGGCAACAUUGCUCGUUCUGGUCAAACUGGCCUGUUCGAUGGGAUCGACCAUUUUGCAACAUCUAUUCUGGCAGAAUGCGUGAAGGAGGAGAAUCUGAGCUCAUUUACGGAAUGGUCACUGGCGUGCGUGGUGUAUGGGGCAUCUUUGCUGGACAUGGCAAAUAAUGCAAGCCAGCGGCCCAGGCUGGAUUCUGCGGUCACUUCCAUCUUGACAGAAGCAAAACAUCCUGAGCGGCUUAAGAAAUUUAAGGAGCAGGAGCUGGUCAUGAUAAUGUAUGCAAUGUCCAGACUGGGUGCCAAGAGGCCAAUGGUGCAUCUGUUUUGCCACGAGAUUGUGAAGACAGGUCGACUGCCAAAGUAUGAGGCCCAAAACUUGUCAACUAUACUGUAUUCACUUGGUGUGCUGGGCCACAAAGAUGAAGUGCCGAUUGCCUGGCUCAUGGGGGAAACGAUGAAACCACACAGAUUGGCUCAGCUCAAAGAGGAGGGGCUUUCCAACAUAGUGUAUGCUUUGGCUCUGUUGGGCGCUGGCAAUCAGGCUGUUCUGAGUGCCCUAUGUGAUGAAAUCAUGACACGCCAUCGCCUGGUCAAAUUUCGGUGUCAGGAAGUGGCCACCCUUGUCUGGGGCCUUGGCAAGCUGGGGUACUUUGAUCCCAAAGUGCUGCGAGCCCUGAUACACGAGGCUCUUAAAGCCCACAGAUUGCGAAAGUACACAGAGCAAGGGAUUGUGAUGAUCCUGUACGGUCUGGCAUCUGUAGCCCGCCAAUUAGGGUCGUCUUUUGCGAGAGAAGAAUUGGCUCAGGCUGUUGCAAUACUGGUAAUCGAGGCGAAGAGCUCAAGGCGCAGAGGGGAGUGCAGUCAACAGAAUUUGGGGAUAAUUGGUUGGUCCAUUGCGACCCUUGGCUUUCGCGAUUUGAUCUGCUUGAAGAUGGUACUGGCCAGAUACAUGGCACUAGGCGUAAAUGAUCCUCAGCAAGAGAAGUCAUUAUUCAUGCUGCUGCAUGCCUGUGGGACCCUGAGAUUCAAAGAUCGGCGCUUUAAUGAGCUUGUUGCCAAAUGGGUGGAUGAGAGUCACCAGUCAUUCAGAAGAGUGGGCGAUGUGGCGAAACUGCUCCAUGACCUCACGCUGGUGGGAUGCCUGAGUGCAGAACUGUUUUAUACGCUGUUCUUUGACAUCCACAAGUUGUGGAACCAAGGCCAGUCCCCGACCGAGCAGGUGUGGGGCUGGCUCUUUGUGCCAGUGAUCCACAUGAGGACCUACCGUGGUGAUCUGGUCAGCGGAGCCGUUUGGGAGCGUGUCAUGGCGAAGGCCAGGCGCGGGUGGAUCUUGCGGAGGCAGACAGAUGCCCACCUGCGGGGCCAGGUGUCCACGACACUCAGCAGCCUGGGUGUGAGCCACCGGUGCGGGACCACAGUGAUGGAUGGUGCCAUGCCCGUUGAUAUCGAGCUGCAUCCCAAGCUGGGAAAGGUCGUGGUCGAGGUGGAUUCCGCCCUGGACUAUGCCUGCAACGAAACCAAGAAAGGCCACGAGGCGCUGGGGGUCGCACAGUGGAGAAACGGCAUUCUUGAGAGCUGUGGGUGGCAGGUCUGCGGAAUUUCUCCGUUUGAGUGGAACUCCAGAUCAGAGGCUGAUCGCAUUUCGUGGCUCAGAGAUCAGCUGGAGUCAAAGGGGGUGCCUCUCUCAGUGGACGCAACAGUUGCGUCCGAGUGA